AUGGAGUCUGUCGCUGAGGGUCGACCCACCGAGUCGGAUGAGCUAACGACCUUGACAAGCCUUCCAGGGGAGCUUAUCGUCAAAAUCAUAGAAUGUCUCGAUUGGACAGAUAUUCUAACCCUACGACAGUGCUGCCAACUGCUGUCCGUGUUAACCAAAGAGCGAUCAGUAUGGCUGGCACUAUUCCAUCGAUACUACGAAACCGAGUUCGCCCAUCCAUUCUUCCUCCCCAAGCCACUCUCUUUCUGCACUGCACAGGACUUGGAAUCCCGGAUUUUGCGAUGGUGGCAUGGUCUACGCCGACUAUCCGACGCGUCCCUCAAACCCGACGAGUUUUCAGUAGACGAUACGUGGUCUCGUGUAAAUAUCAUGCCUGUAGGCGGCCACGACCUCUUUCACUCGGGGGACGGAGGCCUUUGGUACAGGCGUCGUGCAGGCCAGUCGUAUCCCCUCACCCCGCCUACUACGGACAGUCGUGAUCACAUCCGAAUAUUUUGCUCUUUCGAUCUCCUGUCCGUAUACGUUGGCGACAUCCCCGGGUCUAAUUACACGGAUAUCGAACUUGCAACCUUUCCAAUAUCCUUCAACAUGGUGGUCCUCUCCAAGCGGCAAAUAGGCCCGUGGUGGGAGGGUGUGUACCAGACAGACAUCCGGGUGUGGCGAAUCAAAGUGGAGGUGGAUGAUAGCUCAGGGGAGGUGUUGGGGUACUCCUCCCAGCUGCUCCGAUCGUUCAAGUGUCCCGACAGAAACCUUGAACCUUACGAGUGCUCCAUCUAUGGCCCUCACGUCGCAUUCCGGGCAUGGGCCCAAUCCGUCUGGAUGGCGUGUAUUGUUGAUUGGACUACAAUUGACCCUCAAGACACCAGUUUAAAAUCACUCGUUAUUGUCGCUCAUCUCGGGGUCGAAGCCAAGAGAAUCUCACUCCUUCCCAACAAAUCUCUUCUUUACCUCUGUGGACAUACCGACGUCAGCCUCUGCAGCUGGGCAUCCCUUGCCCCAGUUUCUUCUUCUUUCCGCGAUUACUCGCAUCUUCCUAACGUACAGCCACUGUGGCGCCAUAGUUUGCCGCACGAAUCCCUCCUGAACUGGAGAAACUCUAUGCCCCGCUUCAUCCAUCGCUCCAUACGCAUCGUAUUACCCACCAUUACGGGCCUGUUCGGCGUCAAGAUCCCAAUAGGCGCCCUGAAAGACCAGCAAACGGACGAGAUCCCGCAAACCGUCAUCCUUGCUGGCGGUCACUAUGCGAAGCCACUCCAGUACAGCUGGUUUGGAUACCACUAUUCGCUCCACUUUGACGCUUCUCAAGGGUUUAUCCUGGACCGAUAUUCCUGGGGCGAUGAAUCCACUCGUGGGCCCCCAAAUCAGCAGUCGAUCCACGAGUUUCGUCCAUUCCGUCCAAAACAGAUGCUUCAGGGGGUGUAUUACGACGAAUCUCUGGGAGAAUUAUCCGCAUUCCAUAAUCGCUUCAAAAGCUAUAGAAGCCUAAUCGGUGUGUAG